GGUGGAAGAGCGGGAGAGUCCAAACAUGGUACCACCUCUUUCAGAUAGUCCUAAAGGUGACAACGUUGGAGACGGCGAUACAAACGGCCAAACAGCCUAUGCCAACAGGAAGAAACUGAAAAUGGAGAGUGAAAAGGACGACAUCAACCAAGUGACCAUCUCUCCAGCUGCAGCCGAGCGCGUCGAAAACCACUCAACGAAUCCUUCUUCGGGUAUGAUUCGCGUCGACGCAAAACUGUUCUUGCUGAUGUUUGUCGUUCGCUUCCUUGACCUCUUUAGUCGCGAAAUCUGUUAUCGUUGGUCAUUCAUUCAUGCACUUUGGGGACUUAGGCCGACUCUCAGUUGUGUAAUACAAUACAAUCGUUCAGCUGUUACAUCCCUUCGGUGCCCAGCUGCCGUGCCACCCGAAUGGAGCACGAGGGCUGAGAUACUUCCAGGUUAUCCAAGCCUAACAAGAGGAAGUCGAAAGACAGAAGUCGGAUUCGAACCACGUACACUUUGGUUCGCAGUGGUUUGUAUCAUUCUGGAUGUAGGUGUUCAUAUGGCCACAGAUAUUGACCAAGCCGUGGACUGUUUGAAACUCUUAAUCCAACGCAAGUUUUUUCAAGAGAAAAAAGAGGAAGUUGCUGUCGUCCUUUGUGGCACGGAAGCUACAGAUAAUGAUUUGGCUGAUGGAAAUGGAAAUUUUGUCCACAUUUCAUUGGUUCGUACCUUAGCUCCGCUGGAUUGGGAUUUGUUGGAAUUCUUCAAUUCAGAGUCACUUUUGUCUACCGACGAUGCUGACGUCGUGGAUGCUCUGAUUGUUGGUGUCAAUCAUCUCGUGACGCAAUGCAAUGACCGCAAAGGAUUGUCCGAGAAACGCAUCCUACUUAUAAGUAAUCUGUUGGGCCCAGCGGAUAUUUCGCAGCUAACCGAAGUUGCCCACAACCUCCGUAUUGCUGAUGUGAAACUAAGUCUGAUCGGUUUCAGUCUUCCCGAAGGCUCUGCACCACCAAAGAGCGAGCCUGCUACACUUAGCCCAGAUUCCAAUCCUGGACCUUCCAGCAGCCGGAGUAACGGAGAUAAACAAUUCAAGGUUCACCCAGCUCAAAAGGCUAUUGGUGAUCUAUGGUCUCAGUUAAACGGCGAGUCCUACACAUUCGAUGAGGCUAUUCCCGCACUUGCUUAUUUCGAAACACGCGCCGUCGCGCAACGUGGUUGGAAGGUUGACUUCCAAAUUGGCGACUCCUUAUCCUUGCCGGUUGAAGGCUUCACACAGGUCCGAGAAGCCCGUCCACCAACACUGACUCAACUCUAUGCCGCUUGUCCUUCCACGCCCAUCCGUGCCAUAACAACAUACUGUACUCAGGACGAAAAUGCCACAGAACUGCGAUCGACACAAGUCAUUCGGGGCCAUCGGUACGGCACUACCAUGGUGCCUUUCACAGCUGAGGACAAAGCGGCUGUUCAACCGGCAGCGGAGAAGUGUCUAACUCUAAUCGGCUUCACACCGGCCUCUAACGUGCCGAUCAACCUUCACCUGGGCGACAGCGUACUUGUGUUUGUGGCCAACUGUCCUUCAGAAAACCAUCCCGUGGCCCAAGGUCUCGCUGCGCUCGCACAGGCUUUGUUUGAAUUAAAUGGAGUGGCGCUUGUACGCCGUGUGUACAACCGCGUUUCUGCCCCGCGGCUCGGCGUUCUUAUUCCUGAAGUGCGCGGUACGCAAGUUGCUCUAUUCUACACAGAUUUAGCCUUUGCCGAUGACAUUCGCACAUUCCAAUUCCCGUCACUCCCGUUGCGUACAACGCCUUCGAAAAGCUAUGUGAAACCGGAUAGGCAUACUCCAACGGAUGAGCAAUUAAAGGUCAUGGAUGAGUUCGUCUCCUCACUACUGUUGGGUAAAAUGAGUGAUGAGGAUGACUCGGAUGCCGAAUGUAAUGAAAGGCAAGACGAAGCAAGUACCGGACUGAAUCUUGACGUCAAACCCGAACAACUUCCCAGUCCUUGGAUCCAGCGUCUCUUCACUUGUUUCCGGGAGCGUGGACUCAACCCUACUGAAAGCCUUAUACCGUCCACAUCCAACCAAUCGAUGGAUUCAUGGUUGGUGGCUCAGAAUUUGCCAGGACUAGAACAACUGCUUUCCAGAAUCGCACCGGUUUACGAAAAUGCAAGUGGAAACGACCCGGUGUCUUUAGCAAGAUGUCAUCUUCUGGAUUGUCUUCCUACAUUAUCUUCAGUUGAAAAAGAACAAGAAGCCGAAUCUGGUGCAUCGGUUGCCAAACGACGUCGAUUAAUGGCCACUGAACUGUUUGGACUGCAAACCAAUGAUAGCACACUAACCGGGAAUAACACCCAAGCGAGUAAUUCGUUCACUGGUGGCGGAGGCCUUCUACUCAACUCUGGUUCAGCACUUUCUCAAGUCUCGCCGCUAACGGAUGUCGGUUCUGUUGACCCAGUUGGCGACUUUGAUAAGUUGCUUGCACAGGGAGACAUACGCUUUGCCUCUCAGCGUUUGGAGAGCCGCAUCAUCCAACUGGUCACCGAUCCUUACACGGGGAGCAUUUUGCGACCAAGGGCUAUAUCUUGUCUUGUUGCCUAUCGGGAACGAGCGAUCCGCGCAGCGACCAAUAACCCGAACCCCGAUUUAAGGUUGGCACAGGAUUACAAUACAUUUAUUCGUACAUGGCGCGAAGAUCUAUAUUUACGUGGCCACUUGCAGGCAAACCGACCAAACGGAGGAGCAAUGGAUCCGCGGCUGUCGUUUUGGGUGGAGACGAUUACACAAGGAUUUGGCCUGAUCAGCGAUGAUGAGGUGCAAGGUAUAGAGGUUUCUCGGAUGGAAGCGGACUCGUUUCUGUCCUCUUCCACGAAAAAUGAACCACCUGUUGACCAAAGCUGUGGCUCUCCAUCGGCACCACCCACCCCGACGAAUGGAGUAGUGACGGAACAGCUGCUCGAUGAACUGGAAUAACCUUGCUUUCAUCCCCUUGCUGGUUCGUGGGCACUUACCCGAAUAUCCUUCACUCUGUCCCAGUUUUCCACUU